AGUUGCCAUGUUUACAUUAGCUGCACAUACAGAAACAUGUUCCUAACUAACAGCUAGUCAUCUCUGUCUCGACUGGUGCCCGCUAAGCUUCGUGUUUUAUCAGCCUGACGGCUUUUACUCAAGAUGCCCUUCUUCAGGCUUCCACUGGAUCCCAGUCCCAGGCCAACUGGGCCAGGCCGCACUCCUGGCCCGGUUUACAGCCAUGACCAAGAGUAGUGGGUAGGUGUGAUGAUACCAUGGAGGCACAGAACAACAACCAACCCACGUUAGACAACCACAACAAUUUCUACAAGAUAGCUGGUCAAGAGGAUCAGAAAAACAUGCCAAGCUAUAAGUACUGCUGCACUCUGGCAAACUUCCGGAUUGAAAAGAAGAUUGGUCGGGGCCAGUUCAGUGAGGUCUACAAAGCCACAUACCUGCUGGAGGGACAGCUGGUUGCACUCAAGAAAGUCCAGAUCUUUGAGAUGAUGGAUGCCAAGGCUCGUCAGGACUGCAUCAAAGAGAUAGACCUGCUGAAGCAGCUGAAUCACCCCAAUGUAAUCAAGUACCUAGACUCCUUUAUUGAAGACAAUGAGCUCAACAUUGUUCUGGAGCUGGCAGAUGCUGGAGAUCUGUCCCAGAUGAUAAAGUACUUCAAGAAGAAGAGGCGACUCAUUCCAGAGAGGACUAUAUGGAAAUAUUUUGUGCAGCUCUGCAGUGCCUUGGAGCACAUGCAUUCACGCAGAGUAAUGCACCGUGAUAUCAAGCCAGCCAACGUGUUCAUAACAGCCACAGGGGAGGUAAAGCUGGGUGAUCUGGGAUUAGGCCGCUUCUUCAGCUCUAAAACCACGGCAGCACACUCUUUAGUGGGGACACCUUAUUACAUGUCACCGGAAAGGAUCCAUGAGAACGGAUACAAUUUUAAGUCAGAUAUCUGGUCCCUGGGAUGUCUUCUGUAUGAGAUGGCAGCGCUGCAGAGUCCGUUCUAUGGGGACAAGAUGAACCUCCUCUCCCUCUGCCAGAAGAUUGAGCAGUGUGAUUACCCUCCACUCCCUCCUGACCAUUACUCCGAGAAGCUGCGGAACCUGGUUAGCAUGUGCAUCAGCCCGGAUCCAGACCAGCGGCCGGACAUUGUCUUUGUGCUGCAGAUUGCCAAGCAGAUGCACAUGUGGACUUCCAGCACCUGAGCACCAUUUCUGCUCCAAGCCGGCGCUCUGCUCAGCCUGAGGAUCUCAAACCACUAGAAGUAAGCUCUGCCUGGUCUUGCAGAAAAUUGUUUGCUUUGCCCUCAUCUCGACAGGAGGAAGCCAUGGAAAGACUUGCGCGAGUGGGCUGUGAUGUUUUGACAUCCAAACAGCCACUUAUUUUCUGUCAUGGAGGAUGUGAGGAAGUGCAUUCGUGGUGUAGCACUCGUGGAGAGUGGAGUUUAUGAAACCACACUUGUUCAUGUGAGAGGCGAUCGCAUUUAUGCCAAUUUUUUAGCUAAAUAUAGAGAGCUGUGUCUCACUAUGAUCGCAGAUUUCUCCAAGCUUUUUUGUAUAACUCCACGGGUUGCAUUCCAAGUUCAUACCGUUUGUAUCAGGUAAGUGUGCGCUGUAAAGCUGGGCAAUUUGAAUAUUUAUCAAUCUAUUGUCUAUCAAUGUAAUCAUAUACGUUUUUUUAUCUUCUCAAUUUAAGUACAUCAUUUAUGGUCUAAGAGGAAAAUUAGUGAACUGUUGUAACUGUUUAGUAACUGUUGCUUGCAGUGAGUCUAAUUGUGAUGGAGGUCAGCUAGACAACUUCACACGUGAUCCAUACAUAUAUUUCUAUCCAACGUUCUUCUGUGUGGAAGCCGGAGUGACUGUGGUGAUUUCUAACUUUUCUAGGUCCAGAAUCUCAAGAUAAUAAUUUCAUUUUUAUUCAUUAUUUCAUGACUUUUUGGCCACUUGUGUCAGCACAACAAGCUGUAACCACAACACUGAUAGUUGUGUAAUAAAGUUGUUAUGGUGAACAUGUUAGCAAACAGUUUCCUAUUUAAACAUCUACCAGACACAGAACAGCAUUAGCGUUUAUAUUCACUGUCUUUUAGCUCUGUUUUGAUCUCCACCGACUCCUGAGAAAAAUAUCUGACUCUUUAGCUGCUCCACUAAAUUCAUCAGCUGGUCUCUAACUUUGCAUCGUCUUAAUACCAACACUUGCAGUAUUUACAGGAGGUCAGGUGCCUACUAAGACUAAGAGAGAGUGGAGGUUUAUCAGAGCUCAGUGGGACGCAGCCGGAUAAUGAGGCCAUCUUGCCCUUCAUGCAAAUACAAACACGUGGAUCAGUGGUGCUCAGGUGCUUUACUUUGAUUUUAUAUUCACAGAGCUGAUAAGUAGGAUCACAGCGUUCCUCACUCAGCCUGUGAAAACAGCAGCAUACUGUCCUCUGGAGGAACUUCAGCAAAUCAGAGCAUCAGAGUAACCCUGUGAUGUCAUCAGGGUUAUCUUGGGUAUGCAGACUGCAGAUUAACAACAGAAAGCCUGAGUGAUAAACUGGAGACACAGAAUUUAAAACAUAGGGUAGUGAUUUUAUUGAGUUGCAUGAUGGGAAAAAUAGCAUCCAGUGCCUCUGGAGCUUGAGCCAUUCUGUAGACCAGCAGUCAGGGUACUGCAGGCUCUGCUGCUCCUGGUUUGACCAUUUUUUUAAAUGCCUUGCAAGUCCCCCAACAUUAAAGAAUUACUGUAACAGGACAAGUCAUGAUCGCACUGUUACCUCAGACAGUUCAGUUGUGAUCUUAAGAUAAUGGGCCUAAAAAAAAAUCAUCACCAUCAUCAUCCACCACAGCCUCUUGGCUUCCAGUUGUCUGAAUUUAUUUUCUUAUUGCCCAGUCUCAGUGUGUGAACUGAGUCGUCGUCCUUGCUCCUGGAUGUAAUAAUCCCAAACUUUGCCGCCUCUGCCUUUAUUCUUGUGGCUCCUUAGUUUAAGGUACACUAUGCAGGAAUGGUCGGUUACUGUUUGUGUAUACAGCAUUCAGACUUGACCCCCCCCUCCUCGACACCAGAUGCAAACUGCUUGUAUGUACACUGCAAGCUACUAGCAAUGUCAUCCCCAUCCUCUCUUCAGUGCUCACCAGCCGAUGAAGGCCGACCCCAGAUUCAUGCUCAUUGUGGAAUGUGCUUUGUCUGCUUGGCGUUUCGCUAUAUUUGCGUUUUUUUUAUCACAGUGUCAGACAUAUUUACUUGCUUACUUUUUAUAAUGUCCUGACCUGACCUGCGUGCUGUUAUUGGCCAAUUGCUCACAGGCCGCAGCCCAGAAAUGUCCCAACCACAGGAAAAUAAGAAGAAAAUCAGAAAACACAGGCAGAGGGCACACACUGCUAAUGGGUCAGAAGUGAUGAUUGAGAAGGAUUACUUUUGUAUGAGUCUGUACAUUGUUUCUUAGGGAAAUCCUGCACAGCAUACCUUUAACUCAGUGUAUUUUGAAUUUGUGACAAUUUUCAUGUUGCCUUAAUACUUCUAUCAUGCAUCUCAUUGUAUUGUUGAUAGUGGAAUGAAGAAGGAAAGAAAAGCAUCUUUUGUUUGAGUAAAGGACAAACCUUGCAAUAAAAAGAUUUAGAACUUAGAUCGUCAUCAUUAUUCCUGGGAAACUGAAGAAAUAACACAAUAUUGUUCAUUACAAACCUGUUUUAUCAGAGUAACAGUUGGUUCGAUGGUGGUGGGUGUUAAAUGUUCCAAAGAUGUUGCAUAUGACUGCAGUUUUUUGAGAUGUACUACCAGAAUGCAGUUUAGGACCUUGUUCAAAGUGUUUAUAUGUGCACGUAAGGACCAUUGUUACUGUGAACCUGUGAACACUGUUCAAGUUAGAUGCUGUGAAAGUCAUUUUGAUCGAUAGCACUAAACAAGAACAUGUUUAAAAAUGUCCUUAAGGAGCAUAUCUAUUGCACAUUGCCUUACCACACAGGAUAACUGAACAUUAUUUUAUUCAUUUGGUAAUGACAGCUCGGAUUCUGUGCUGAUAGAGUUAAUGUAUUACGUACACAGGAAAGGGGAAAGUUUAGUUUUCAUCAUGUUUAGCCAACUUAUUUCUUGUUUCUUUGUCUUCCAUCUACUGUACUCAUUGAAUUGUGACUUUUCACUCCAAGUAUUGUGCCACUAUGUUUUUAGCUACUGUACCUUUCUGUGCAGCAUGGCAUCAGUUUAGCUCUGUGGAAUCGCCGUCAAGUGCUUCCUGCUUGCAUUCGUAGUAAAGUGUCUUUCAAAUUAAAGAUGCAGAGGAAGCUCUU